AUGACACUGAUGGAGAAUACUUCAGAGGUGACUGAAUUUAUUCUUGCAGGUUUAACCGAUGCCCUGGAGCUGCAGGUCCCGCUGUUUCUCCUCUUCACUGUCAUCCACUUCACCACCCUGGUUGGCAACCUGGGGAUGAUCGCGCUGAUUGCGCUGGACUCGCGCCUCCACGUGCCCAUGUACUUCCUCCUCGGCAACCUCUCCCUGGUAGACUGUCUUUAUGCCUCAGCUGUGUCUCCCAAGCUCACCAAGGGGCUUCUCACGGGAGACAAGACCAUGUCUUACAACGCAUGUGCUGCCCAGAUGUUCUUCUUCGCAGCCUUCGCCACUGCAGAGAGCUUCCUGCUGGCCUCCAUGGCCUACGACCGCUACGCAGCGGUGUGCAGGCCCCUGCAUUACGCGUCCACCAUGACAGCUGCGACGUGUACCCUGCUGGUCUCCGGUUCCUAUGCCAGUGGACUCCUGCAAUCUUCUCUCCACGUGGCCUUCACCUUCCGCCUCUCCUUCUGUCAUUCCAAUGUGGUUAACCACUUUUUCUGUGACAUUCCCCCACUGCUGGCUCUUUCUUGCUCUGAUAUCCAUGCAAAUGAGACCGUGCUCUUCUUGCUGGCGGCGUUCAACGUUUUGUUCACUCUCAUGGUUAUCUUGAACUCUUACCUAUUUAUUUUUGUUACUAUCCUGAGAAUGAGUUCCACUGAAGGGCGCCAGAAGGCCUUCUCCACCUGCGCCUCCCACCUCACCGCCGUCUCCAUCUUCUACGGGCCCGUCAUCUUCAUGUACCUGCAGCCCAGCUCCAGCCACUCCAUGGACACGGACAAGAUCGCCUCCGUGUUCUACACCAUGGUCAUCCCCAUGCUGAACCCCGUGGUCUACAGCCUGAGGAACAAGGAGGUCAAGAGCGCAUUCCAGAAGGCUACCAGAAAAGCAAAGUCUUCCCUGGGCUUAAUUUAA